GCCGCACGCACGGUGAGGGCAGGGAAGGCGGCGGCUCGCGCCUCCCGCGCCCACCGGAGCGGGGGCAGCCGGCGGGGCGGGGCCGCGGCCCGGCUGCACCAAGAUGACACCAGCAACUCGAAAAGAAGUUCUUGGCCUUUACCGCAAGGUUUUGCAAAUAGCCAAAACCUGGCAGUCAGCAUCAGGACAGAUAGAGGAAACCAUGAGAGAGAAAGAGUACAUAAGAAAUGAAGCCAGAACGUUAUUCCGAAAAAACAAAAAUGUAACAGAUCCAAAGCUGAUUAAGCAGUGCAUGGAAGAAUGUGAGGCAAGAAUAGAAAUUGGACUUCACUAUAACAUCCCCUACCCGAGACCUAUCCAUCUGCCUCCCAUGGGCCUUGCCCAUAAACAAGGCCGUACAUUGCGACACCAGGAAAAGUUAAGGAAGAUUUCUAAGCCAAUAUACCUGAAAUCCCACGAUGAAGUUUCAUAACCCACCCUUUAAGCUGUGAUGUGUAAUCACAUCCUUUAAGCUGUGAACUGCAAUCCAGGUGAUUUGUGUGCACGACUGUGAAUGGUGUGGUCACUUGCUCACACAUUUCCUGAGGCCAAAAAGCCAACUGAUCCAUUAUGUAUGAUGGAUCAGUUGCUCUGGUAUUUAUUACAUUUCAACCACUGACUUGUCAAUAAAAGUAACACUUUUUAAGGA